GAGCGGCGGCGGCGAGCCAGGCGGACCCGGCCCGGCCAUGGACGAGCAAGCGGGGCCCGGCGUCUUCUUCAGCAACAAUAACAAUAACAACGCCCUCCUGCUGCCGCCGCCGGCGGGCGGGCCGGGGCUGGAGCCGGGCGAGGCGGCGGCAGCGGCGGCCGCGGCGGCGGCAGCAGGAGGCGGCGGAGGAGGGGGAGUCUCAGCCUCCGGAGCCGCCGCGCCGCUCUCGGCGUCCCGGGCGCAAUACAGCGUGCCGGGCAUCCUGCAUUUCCUGCAGCACGAGUGGGGCCGCUUCGAGGCGGAGCGCGCCGAGUGGGAGGCGGAGCGGGCGGAGCUGCAGGCCCAGAUCGCCUUUCUUCAAGGUGAAAGGAAAGGACAGGAAAAUCUGAAGAAGGAUCUAGUGCGAAGAAUCAAAAUGCUGGAAUAUGCGCUCAAACAGGAAAGGGCUAAAUACCACAAAUUAAAAUAUGGCACAGAAUUGAAUCAGGGAGAUAUGAAGCCACCGAACUAUGAUUCUGAUGAAGGGAAUGAGACAGAGAUUCAGCCACCACAGAACAGCCAGCUAAUAUGGAAACAAGGGCGACAGCUGUUAAGACAGUAUCUACAAGAAGUGGGCUACACUGACACGAUAUUGGAUGUGAAAUCCAAACGAGUGCGAGCUUUACUGGGCCUCUCAAGUGAUGCUUCAGAAAAAGAGAACAGAAAUCAAGAGCCAAUGGUAAAUGGCACAGAGGGCCAGAUUAAAGAAAACGCAAUGAUCGGGAAACCUGAAUUGACUGACUCUGCCUCUCUGCUAGAGACCUUCAAAUUUCUUGAAAAUGCAGCUGCAGACUUUAGUGAUGAGGAAGAUGAAGAAGAUAUUGAAGGAAGAGAGAAAGCAAUCAUUGAUACUGCAACAAUUGUAAGGAAAAGAGUGCUAUCUGACAGCAGUGAAGACAGAGAUACAGAAGAAGCUUUGAAAGAGUUUGACUUUUUGGUUACCUCAGAUGAUGGUGAUGCGGAAUCGAGAAGUUCAGGAGAUGGAACAGACUGGGAAAAGGAAGACCAGUGUCUCAUGCCUGAAGCCUGGAAUGUCGACCAGGGAGUUAUAACCAAACUCAAGGAACAAUACAAAAAGGAGCGCAAGGGGAAAAAGGGGGUGAAGAGAAAAACUACCGAAGAUAUGUUUCAGCCUCAAUCCUAUAUAAAACAGUCAAAACAGGGAUGUGGGAAAAUGAUGGAGCAAAGCACAGGGCCCAACAGGUCAAAGCUGCAAGAUAUGCUUGCAAACUUGAGAGAUGUUGAUGAUCUCCCUUCAUUACAGCCAUCUGUUGCACCUUCUUCUAGGCCCAGUAGUUCAAGGCUCAUUGAACAUGAGAUAAACAGGACGGAUGAAGUGGAAGCUUUAACAUUCCCUCCAUCCUCAGGGAAAUCUUUCAUUAUGGGAACAGAUGAAGCCCUUGAAAAUGAACUGGGUCUUGGAGAACUGGCAGGCCUUACAGUAGCAAAUGAGGCAGAUUCACUGACUUAUGAUAUAGCCAACAAUAAGGAUGCAUUGAGAAAGACUUGGAACCCCAAGUUUACGUUAAGAAGUCACUUUGAUGGAAUAAGAGGUCUCGCUUUUCAUCCAGUUGAACCAGUCUUAAUAACAGCUUCAGAGGACCAUACAUUAAAAAUGUGGAAUUUACAAAAAACAGCCCCAGCAAAAAAGAGUGCUUCUCUUGAUGUAGAGCCAAUAUAUACCUUCCGAGCACAUAAUGGCCCAGUGCUCUGUGUGGUGAUGAGCAGUAAUGGUGAGCAGUGCUACAGUGGGGGAACAGAUGGCCUCAUCCAUGGCUGGAACACAACCAACCCAAACAUUGACCCCUAUGACUCUUAUGAUCCUUCUGUUCUAAGAGGUGCUUUUGUAGGCCAUACAGAUGCAGUGUGGGGUCUGGUUUACAGUGGAGCUCACCAGCGUUUGCUGUCCUGCUCAGCAGACGGCACCAUACGUUUGUGGAAAGCUACAGAAAUUGCUCCAGCUCUCAAUAUCUUUAAUGAUAAUCAAGAAAUGGGAAUCCCUUCAUCAGUAGACCUUGUGAGCAGUGACCCAAGCCUCAUGGUAGCAUCAUUUAACAGUGGACACACUAGCAUUUUUAACAUGGAGACACGGCAGCGAAUUCUUACCCUGGAGUCCACUGUGGAUACCACAGUCAGUUCUUCCUGUCAGAUAAACAGAGUCAUCAGCCAUCCAACUCUUCCAAUUAGUAUCACUGCUCAUGAAGACAGACACAUCAAAUUCUACGACAACAACACAGGAAAACUGAUCCACUCCAUGGUAGCUCACUUAGAUGCAGUUACAAGUUUAGCUGUUGAUCCUAAUGGCUUGUAUUUGAUGUCUGGCAGCCAUGACUGCUCGAUUCGCUUGUGGAAUCUUGAAAGCAAGACCUGCAUCCAAGAAUUUACUGCGCAUCGCAAAAAAUUUGAUGAGUCCAUUCAUGAUGUGGCUUUCCACCCAUCCAAAUGCUAUAUUGCCAGUGCAGGAGCAGAUGCCCUGGCUAAAGUGUUUGUAUGACAGAGUGCUUCCCAUUCAACUUUAGCUUUGUAUAUAUUUAACCAGCUGCACAAAAGAGAAGAGGAGGGCAUGAGUUGUUUUAUCUUGCCCUAUAAUUCAGAGAAUGUUUGUAAGUGUGUAGUUUUGCAGGGUGCUGUUUUCUAAAUUGACGUUUGUUCUGGUUUCUGUGAGCUCAGCUGGUGCUGAGAGCUUGGAAUCUCUCAGUUUCAAAUAGUUUAAAAAAAAAAAAGCUUUUAUGUAGAGGGUGUGAAUUUUCGUCCAGGCAGGCCUUGGGUGAAACUAGGUCUACGUAUUCUCUAUUAAUAAAAUGGAGUACUGGAAAGAAGGGGUCUAAUUGCAUCAGGGAGUAGGAAAAGAGGGAAACUUCCUAGGAUGCUUCUCAUUGAAGAAUCUUAAUGUACUCAAAUCACCUGGAAAAAGUGAUUCAAAGUCAGUUCACAUGCUCUUUACUGUAUCAUGUGAGAGGCACUUUGUCAUCCCUUUGGUGUAUGAAUAAAGUAGAUCUUGUUCAGAGAGCAGUAGCAGAUAGUUAAUCUCAGCCACCUGGCUGCUAGCCUAAGAUAAAUGCAAUUAAAGGAAGGCAAAUUACUAACAUACAUUAAAAUGCAGUAAAGUUUCUGUUACAUCUUCUGUGUUUCUCAGUAAAUAUUUUGUUUGCAAAAAAAAAGAUAUAAUUUUUUAAGCCUGUAUUAGCGUAUGGCUAGAAACUGAGCCUUUAGUCUAAAUCCCAAUUAACAACAGACUGAUGCAGUCUGUGCAUACUGUAGUAGCAAAUUUAACUUAUUCAGAUUUUAAUGCUGAUUAUUCUUGGAGAUCUGGCACAAGAAAUUAUCACAAAGCUUUCCAAAGAAGCUGUCCUACAAUUUUAGCUAUCAAACAUUUGUCUCCUCUUUCUGUUUCUGCUAAAAAGGGUAUCAUUCUGGGCAUUAUGGAUAACAGUGAAAUACUUUGUUUGAAGAUUAAAUCUGAUGCU